UCCGCGACGCCGAGACGCCGCGCGCCGCGUCCGUCUACAUGACAAAAUGUCGGGGUCCCAGCGGGUGCGAAAGUCCUCGCCGUGCUCGACGGCGAAGCAGGGCCCCAUGCGGGCCACUCUGCCCGUGAGCUCGCUCCUCAGGCAGAGCAGACAGGCCAGCAACCUCAGGAAGAGCAACGGCAACAGCCCGACCGUCUCGCCGACCAACGCGAACGCGUGGCGGGCACGCAUCUCUCCGGAGACCUCCUCCUCCUCGGGGCAGCGGAGUCCCGGAUCGCUCUCCUACAAAGCCAAAUCAAAAACACUGAGUGGUCGCUGCAGCGAAAGCUUAAGCGGCAGUCAAAAUAUCCGCCGAACAGCAUCGCUGGACACAAUCUACUUAAAGGGACAAUGGCCCCGUGAUUCAUACUAUAUUCACACCAGUCUCUUACUGGUAGACAAGUCUACUCAGACCGAGGAAUGGUCCAACGAGCCACGAAAGAUGCAUGGUCGUCAUCCUCCGGAACAAACCACUACCGAUGAGAAACUGGAAAAGUACAUCAGGCAUCGAUUACAGCGUACCAAUAAGGAAGGUACGAGCAGUAGGGAAAGAACAGCUGCAUUCGGACUCAUCAUGCCCAGCGGACCACCACCUGCCCUUCCGGGAGACCAUACAGUACUCCUACCAAGUAUUGCAUCGCAAACACCCAUGCACAACCAGUUCAGCUUGAAUACAAAAGCGAGCCCCAUGAACAUACCAGUGAAACCGAUGAGGCCACCUAUGCGAUCCUCCAUCGAAGGGCUCAAUCAAGAGAUCGAAGGAUUAGUGCUCAAGUCCACAGCCCAAACAAGUGAUUCGGAGCAUCCUGUCGAAGACAAGUACGCGAGAUAUCGCGAGCAGAUGACACCCGAGGGACACCGAGCUCCAUUGGCGGACCUUUUGAGGGCCACUCGAAGCGUAAACACGCAAACUCCAGCUACCGACCUUCCCUCCAGCUCGUACUCUUCAGGUGGAAGCCGUGGCUCGACGCCGGAGCAGGAAAGGGAAGGGCGUUUGGGCACGUCUCCUCACAUCAACAGGUUUCUCGCUAGGGAACCCCCCGAUGGAUGUGAGAAGGUCAACCUCAAGUUCGUGGAAGAGGCCAGGCGACCGAUGAUAGACCUGAGCAAGCUGGACUACUGUCCGAAGCCGUGCGUAGCAUUCCAGCUGAAGCCGAGCCUGGGAUCAGCGUUCCUGCCACUACAGCAGCCGGCCAGCCCGACGAUGGUCGCCGGUGCGUCGCCCUCGUCGCACACGACACCGCCUACUCCUCCCCCAAAUCCAUAGUCCCACCCUGUACUCUACGGCGUGGCGCGCGUAAUGCCGAUCGGUAAAUAUAUAAAUACACACACACGGACAUCCACACCCCACGUAUACCCACGGACACGGACACGACCUGUACACACACACACACGAACAUAUAUAUAUUUUUUUUUAAACAACCUCGUGGCUGGAAAGUGAUUUAAAGGAGGUGACAAAAGAAGAGGGAGGGAGAGACCUACGGUUAUGUAAACGAAGGCACGUAAACAAAACAAAAGAUAUAUACCCGGCGAUGUGACGGAUAAAGGAUGUGGAAGGAAAAGGGACACACAGAGAGGGAGAGAAAGAGAGAGGAAGAGGAAAGGGGGGUUGAAAACGAAACAGAGUUACCGGAAGGAACGACCCUGGACCAUCCGCGGGGUGUCGCACCGCGGGGUUCGGGCCAGUGUUCAGAGUUCGCGGGGGGGCGAUCACCCUGAAGAGACACACCUCGACGGCACCCCCUGAUGGCGGAGAGGGAGAGAGAGGCGGGAACACGGGGGUCAGGAACCGCGGGAGGAACAAUAAUAAUAUUAAUAUUAACAUUUAAUAAUAGGUAUAAAAGUCGGGGGAUAAUAAGAUGAUAACGUUUAAAUGGGAGGAGGACCGAGGGAGGUACGGCGGGAUGGGAAAUGUACGAGGAACAAUAAUUUGUGAUAACUGAGAUAUAAAGAAAGAGAGAGAGUGAGAGAAAGAGAGAGAGAGGGAGAGAAACAAAAAGAAGAAAACAAACAACGUUUAGGAAUAAACAUUGUGUUCUACAGGGACAAAAGACUAAUGAGAGAAAUUGUGUAUUCUAAAUUUAGUGCUCUAAAACGUGCUAAAGGGGAGAGGCGACGGUGAGGGCGAAGCGGAGGAAGAGGAGGAAGAGAGAGAGAGAGAGACAGACGGCUUUAGUUUUCUACGACGGGGAGGAGAGAGUGUGAGAGAGGGAGAGGUGUGCGAGGUCAAGACGCGCGACAAGUGCUGGAGGAGGAACAAAGUAUUAAGGAUUUAACGCGGAGGGAGAUGAGGGGAGGAGGAAGUUGGCCCUGGACUGGACCGGCGGGGAUGCGUGCCCCUGCCCCCUCUAACCCCACAAUAGUGCAGCUCUGCCCCCGCCCCCGCCCCCGUUUGGUAGAUGCGUUUCUUCGACAAACCCUUACGGCUUCCCGAACGAGCCGACCUCGUAGCCGGUACGACCAUCCGUUUUUUAGGACCUUGUAUGUUAUUUUAUGUAUACAUAGGUGUAUUGCAUAUAUUCAUCCCCUUGUCUUUUUU